AUGCUGCUCCCGACGCUGGUGACGUGCCUCGCCGGGUGCGCUUUUCUCCUGUCGCCGGUCAGCGAGGGCUGCGGACCUGGUAGAGGCUAUGGCAAGAGGCGGCCACCGCGGAAACUGGUCCCUCUCGCCUACAAGCAGUUCACCCCCAACGUGGGCGAGAAAACAUUAGGAGCCAGCGGGAGAUACGAAGGGAAAAUAACCCGGAACUCUGAGCGCUUCAAGGAGCUCACCCCCAACUACAACCCCGACAUCAUCUUCAAGGAUGAGGAGAACACAGGUGCAGACCGCCUGAUGACGCAGCGCUGCAAAGACAGGCUGAACUCUCUGGCCAUUUCGGUGAUGAACCUCUGGCCUGGGGUCCGGCUGCGAGUCACCGAGGGCUGGGACGAGGACGGCCACCACUCGGAGGAGUCGCUGCACUACGAGGGCCGGGCAGUGGACAUCACCACGUCGGACCGGGACAGGAACAAGUAUGCCAUGUUGGCACGGCUGGCAGUGGAGGCCGGAUUUGACUGGGUCUACUAUGAGUCCAAAUAUCACAUCCACUGCAGCGUCAAGUCAGACCACUCAGUGGCAGCUAAAUCUGGAGGUUGUUUCCCUGGUGACGCCUUGGUUACGCUAGAAAGCGGCAGUCAGAAAUCCGUCGGCGACCUGCAACCUGGUGAGCGAGUCCUGGCCUCAUCGGGCAGCGAUGGCAGCGGGGAGCUGGUGUUCAGUGAGGUCCUGGCCUUCCUCGAUCGGGACCCCGUGACCCUGAGACUCUUCUUCACGCUGCUGACUGAAGCCGGGGCUCAGCUCUCGCUCACUGCUGCCCACCUGAUAUUUGUAUCUGAAGGGAACUGCUCAGAAGGGGCGGUGCCAGCCCGCGGCGCCCUCAGGGCUGUGUACGCCAGUGAUGCCCAGCCAGGACAGUGUGUGCUGGUGUCAGAGGGUAAAGCGGGACAGAAGCACAGGCAGGGACGUCUGUCCCGGAUCAGCCGGGUGACGGUGAGGGAGAUGAGGGGCGUGUUUGCGCCGUUGACCCAGCAGGGGACGGUGGUGGUGGACGGGGUGGUGGCAUCCUGCUACGCCGUGGUGGACCAGCAUUCCCUGGCUCACUGGGCCUUCGCCCCACUCAGGAUGCUGCACAGCUGGACUGGGAGUACUGGUCACCACAGUGACGGGAUCCACUGGUACUCACGGAUUUUACACUGGCUGGGGAGGAAUUUGUUGGACUCGGGGCACUUCCACCCGCUGGGCAUGGUUCAAGACAGCAGGUGAACAAGCUGAAGCGCCAAACAGCAGCAUGAUGAACUUCCUGCAGAGAUGGGAGACGUUUGGCUUCCUGCUGAGGCCUGAUGGGAAGAAAAAAGUGAAGUGACACAGACUAGAUGAACUUUCAGAGUAAUAAAAAGUGCACAAACAAAUGUUUUUAUGACAUAUUUGUAAAACACUAUGAAGCAAUAAUCCCUUAAAACAUCCUUAAUUAACUCUUAAAACACCUUAAUUUAAAAAUCCAUUAAUUACAAAAAGAAGACAAUUUUAUAGUUAACAUGAUUUUCUUUUCAAUGUAUGCAUUUGGUUUGCUUUUCGUUGGUGGUUUGGGAUACUUCCUGGUUGAAAAUGAUUAGAAUUUAAGGGGUUUCUAAUUUGAAAUCAGAUAUUUAUGGUAAAUGUUUUGAUUUAAUGUAUUUCAUUUUAUGAAUUAUGGGGAUCUUAACAUGAUUUUAGUGGCUCAAAAGCCUUAUUUGUGUAUAAAUCUCUAUAAGAGAAAAAUUAAGGCACUUUAAAGGCAUUAACUAAGGGAUUUUUGUGGGAUUUUGUCUUGUUCAAUUUUAAGGGCUUUAAUUACCUCUAAAAUACUCUAAGUGUUCAGACAGACUGUUAAAAUACUAGAAUAUAUUAAAUGACUUUGUUAAGGUGUUUUAAGGGGUUUUGUAAUGAUUUAAGGUAUGUUUACCAAAAACUAUGAAAGCCAAAACCAUAAAUCAAAGGAUGGAUUUACUGUUGAAGUCAUUCACAUCCCUUAAUAUGUGAACGAUAUCAAUAAUAUCCAUGAAUUUAUCACUUAAUCUGGUGUGACCCUCUAAACUACCUGAAUACUAAAAAGUUAUAACGAAUCCUACAAUCUUUAAUAAUUCUUUUGUUGUUAAUUAAUGGAUUUUUCCAGUUUUUAAAUGUGCUAAUGCUGCAACACUAUAACAUCUGAGCAGAACAGUGUGAGGUUUAAGGUGUAUUUUUAAGGGAUUUCGUUUCAUAGUGGAGCCCAGGGUGGGGGUGGGGUGGUGCUGUGCUCUUUGCUAAAGGAGAAAAUGUCUUUUCCUUCAAACAAAUGUACCUUACUGCUUUAAUACAGAGAUUUUAGAAUGAAUGAUAGAAUGUAUUUAAAGUAUCGUUUGUUUACAGAAAAUCUAAUAAUGUUAUGAAGUUAUUAUUAUGGGUGAAGAGAUAUUAAAAAGAUUUAUUUUUUAAAUUAAAUUAUAUGGAAAUGA